AGGAUUUUGCUACGAAGUCUCGUGUUUACAAAUAGAGAGAAUAAACUUAGUGCGCACAUAAAGUUGUUCUCUAUUUAAAUAAUUUGAAUAAUUUAUUUAAAAACAAAAUAAAUAAAGAAAGUGACAGUGUUUGUGAAAAAUAGUUUCCAAUUUUGAAACGAAAUGGAUUUUAUUUGUUUUUUGUGAGAUGUGCUUCAUAUCACCUUGAGGUCUAUGACGACCGUGCAGUUUUCAGAAGAAGUAGCUUUACAACCAGCACAUAUGAAGCGCAAACUAUGCGUGGCACCCUCAUUCAACUGUGAAGACGACAUGGAAGAGCUGAAUGUUGCAGCUCUAUCCCGUCGGAAAGAGUCGGUGGCACCCCUAACGGGUGAGAGAGAAGGAGGCUUCUUCCAGCACUCCCUGUCUUACCCAUUGGCGCUAGUGCUUCGGCUACGAGUAUUACAAAUAGUAUGUGGCAUAUCAGCAAUGGUGAUGGGAAGUGUAGCGUUUAUAGAAGAGCGGCAGAAAUUCAACAUGGGGCUCGGGAUCCCGGCUGGAGGCAUCAGUGUACUAGCUGCAGCCGUAUCAAUCCACACAUCCCGAGGUUGGGGCGCAGUGUCAAGUGCCGCCAUCGGCGCAAGCGCAGCCAGCGUGCUGUGGGCAGCUGCAGUGUGCCUCCUAGUUGCUCUGGUGGUUCAAUGCUGUAGAACAAUACUGGAUCCCCCGGGCUAUGACUAUGGAGACAUCAACGUGGAAGAAGACUCCAAACCCUCAUCGCGAGACUUAGUCGUCAUCGCAUGUGUGCAAAUCGCUCUCGCUGCCGCUACGCUCUUGAGCGCGGCCGUGUGCGCGCGCAUAGACUGCAACAAAUGACGCGAGCCACAGCGCUCGCUCACGCGCCGCCGCGUUAGUGAAGCGCCACCUAUCGCCUCUGUACCCGCGCCCGCCAAUGUCACUAUAUCCCCACCCGAUGACGUCACCGACGAACGCGAGACAGGCGGACGCGUAGCCUGGCUCAUAUAAAAUGACACGCUCUCACCAUAACCAUAGAUUGUGUACGUGAGAAGAAUUAUAGCUAAAGACAUUCCGUGGAGUGAUCCUAAUGAAAUGUAAUGCUUAGUAAUUAGUGAAACCAAAGUGAAACUUGUGUAAAUAGAUUCUCAGGUUACUAUUGUAAAUAGAACAUAUUAGCAUAGUAGUAAAACACAACGUAUUUUCUCAAAACUAAUAGAAUAUUCCGCUGUAAAUAAGACAUGAAAAGAUCCCUUUACACUGUUAUGUAUGUUAUUUAUUUACACUUUUCAGCGCUAGUCGACGGCUAGGAAAAGCCGUCGGACGGAAAAUUAAAAUUAGAAUUUCAUAAAAGGUAAAGUAUUGGUAAAAAAUUCAAAGCAUUUUUCACAAUACCUUUUAUAUGCGACUCUUGAAAUAGUGAACCAGAGUGAGUGGUUCUUUUUCAGUAUACACUAGCUCUAGACUUUAAAAUGUAAAUAUAUACAAACGGUAAUUAAAUGUUUAAGUACUAAAUAAACUACUUUGUAAAUAUUUUCUGGGAAAGAGAUAAUUUAUGUACAUAGGUAGAUAAGA